GGCACCCACUGUGGUAGUGGGCAGUGAUGGCAAAGCCGUGCUGCCCUGGGAGGAACUGGCGGAUCUUUCCUUGCCUCAGGAAUCGCAAUGGUCGCGACACGGGUGCUUUGGCAAUGCAACAUGAUCAGUGACUCCACUGACAAACCGAGGCUUCACAACCAGCUCGUCCCCAGUGAUCUUAUGGUUGAACCUUCCUUCCCUCAGGACAACAUAACGGCGCUGAAAAACCUGGGCCACAACGUGACCAAGCGCUGCGGAAUGUUCAACAUUGUGUCUGGAGUGCAGCAGAAAGAUGGACGCAUCUAUCCAUACUCUGACCCAAGAAACCCCGACGUCGAAGAGAGCAAAUGAAAAGUUGUGCGUCGCAUCUGUAGAUGCUAGAGCCUAGGCGUGUAGUGUACUAUAUGCAUUCAUAAGUCUUGCAUUGGCUAACAGUGUAGUGGCUAACUAACACACUGUGAGUUAACUAACAGUGUGUUAGCUAACUUUUCUUGCGCUGCACGUUUUACAAAAGCAAUUCAUUUCUCGCAUAUUGGAAAGUUUAUCUAUUUGACAUUCGUCGUCUGGUCCGACAAUAUCCCAUCGUUGAACGUAGAUUUACGCCCACUCAACGAGGAAAAUGU